AUGGAGAGAGAAAUCUGCAAGUGUGGCAAAGCUGUUCUUAGCAAACAUCUGCUAUUAGAAACAGCUGAUUAUGCUGCUUUCAUUGCCGUGGCAUUUGGAAAAGUUGACAAAUGUUUUAAUUUUUUUGUAAAUAAAAUGGAUCCAGAAAGUGAGCGGGUACUAAAGUUAAUCUUCCCGCAAGGUUUACCAGAAAAUUUGCGCAACAAUUCUGAGCUAGUUCCUUACUUACAAAAAUUGGGCUCAUACAAAGUAGAGCAAUUGAAAAAAGAACAAGCUCGAUUAACUGAUGAAGCAAAAAAUGUAGACGAGCAAACUCAAGAUUUAGCUAUUUCCAAUUAUAAGACGUUUAUACGAACGGCAGAAAACUCGCGUUCAAUUUAUUCUGAAUUUAAAAAUGCCCAAAAUCAAGUGGAAAAAUUAAUUGACAAAUUGCCAGAAUUGAGUGAAAAAUGUGAAAAUUUCCUUAAAGAAUCAAGUGAAAUUAACGAAGCCAGGCGUUUGAAUUCAAUCACAUUAAAGAAGAACGCUCAACUAUUAGAAAUAUUGGAAUUGCCGCAGUUGAUGGAGAGAUGUAUACGAGAGGGGCAUUAUGAGGAAGCUUUGGAACUGGCAAGUUAUGUGCAGAAAAUAGGCGACAAUCAAGGGCACAUACCAAUAAUAAAAACUAUUGCACAGUCUGUCGAGUGUUUGUGGCAUACUAUGUUAGUGCAAUUAGUAGCUCAGCUACGGACAGAUUUGCAAUUACCUAAAUGCUUACAAAUCGUAGGUUAUUUAAGACGAAUGCAGGCUUUUGGUAACAAUGAGUUGAAAUUAAAAUUCCUACAAGCGAGGAACACUUGGUUAAUGGCCACUCUAAGUGCGAUACCAAAAGACGACGCCCAGCAACAUCUGAUAAAAAGCAUUGAGGUGACUCGUAUAAAUCUUUUCAAUAUUAUAACGCAAUACAAAGCUAUCUUUCCUGACGAAGACAAAAUGGCGACGUCUACACAUAUUCAAAUGCCUUUAGAAGGGGUUUGUUGUAACGGUGAACGACUGUUUCAAGCGUGGUUGCAUGAGAAGAUUUCCGAGUUCUUGGCUACUUUGGAAAUGGAUUUGCAACGUGGUAUCACUUCGUUUGAUACCGUGCUGGGUCAAUGCAUGUACUUCGGUCUCUCAUUUAGUCGUGUCGGUGCUGAUUUCAGAGCGUUGAUGGCUCCUAUUUUUGUAAAAGUUAUUAGAGAGAAAUUUGUAGAAAAUAUUAACUUAGUCAGUAACCAAUUUGAGAUUGAAUUAGAAAAGUAUACAUUAAUUAACAAAACAACCGUGCAUACGCGUUCGAAUCCGUCAACGUCUGCUGCUGUUAGCGAAACAGAAUCUUAUUCCCCACCCGAAACUUUAUUAGAUUUCCAACCCUUGGCUACAUUGUGUAAUGGUUAUUUAAAUGCGUUAAACGAUUUACGCUUAUGUGCUCCUAUUGCUUUGGCCAAUGACGUGACACUAAGUUUGCAAAGCUCAUUAGAAAUGGUGGGUCGCCGCAUAUUAGGAUUUUAUAGGCAAGAACAACAGGCAUUCACAUCCAAUGAAAGACAAAUCUUUUCCAAAUUAUGCGAAUGUUUUGCCUACGAUCUGCUGCCUUAUCUACAAAGGUGCAUACGUGCAGUAUUUCCGCAAGUUAAUUUGUGUACUCAUCUGGGUUUAAGUUUAAAUGCAUUCGAAGAAACUCAAAUUACAUACUUGCGGCAGAAAAUUAUUUUAGAACCUUUAAACGAUUUGGUACCGCACAGAGUUGAAACAGCUAUGAAAUUAGAAGCAAAUAAAUCUAUGGAGGCAAAUAUAGCUGCGAUCGAGUGUUAAACGUAACAAUGAAGAAAACCCCUUUUUCUUUUAAAGUAAAAAUAAAAAGAAGAAAAUG